UAAUUCUUCCUUUUAAUAAUGCGACUUCCGUAUUUGCAGCCAGUUUAUUUCCAGUUCCAGUUUAAAUCUACAUUCAUGUGCAUCCAUGUUGGCCAGACUUUACUGCUUCUGUUCCUCAAGUCUCAGAAUGUAGAACUGGAGAAGUUGAUCUUGGAUUCGCGCCACCAAAUAAAAUUUCUUUAUAAAGAGGAGAUACUGAGUCAGAAUCGUCUGAACAUUCACCGAAGGUUAAAUGGUUAUUGUGAAUGCUUUGGUAACUUUCAUCUGGAAAUAGUUUGUAUGGAAUACUGCAAGGGAACUUUUAAUAUGAAAAAUUAAUAUUGGUCAAUAUUUGAAAAACAAGAAAUCUGUGGGAUGAUCCAGCAACACAAACAGUGGGGACAAGGAGGAAUGCAUCUCCUGGGUCCAACUGAUGGUCCCAACUGCAACAGAGCCUGUUUAUCCAGUCUUGUUGAGAAAGGAUGGCUGUAUUUCCUUUUCAAAUCCUUCACUUCCUUUUUUGUUUUACAUAAAAUGAAGUGUAAGCUGCAGAGGUUGUGACCAGGGACCCUACUGCUUCUCACAUCCACCACCACCACCUCGACCAAUCAGCCUCCCCUUCCCGAGAUCCUGCCUUCAGUGACCUAUGAACUGUCCAGCCUGCCCAGUCACGGCAUCUCAUGGAGGUAAAGAGACAGAAACAGCACUGUAUUGUUGAAGAAACCUCAUUGCUCAGUCAGACAUUUGUAACCACAAGCUCAGAUACUGGCAGUGCACAAUUUUCAGCACGUGCAUCCCCCCAAGCCAGGGGAGUAGGCAGCUUCUACGCCAGUUCACCACAGACCAAGUUCAAGACUGGGUUCUGCUGGACAGGCCUACAAGAGAUGGCUGAUGGAAUUUUGGUCCUCACAAUUUAAGUGAUACUGGCUGGACCAAUAUUUAUCACCCACCCCUAACAGUCGUGGAUAAAAUGGUGGUGUAGAUGUGGACUCCCUUGGUUGCUUUUCUGGAAACAUUAAUCGGGAUCACCUUCUCAAUUCACUGUGGUUGACUUAUACAGUUCAAUGUGCUUCAGAAUCAGCUCAAAAUCUCUGCUUAAAGAGGAGAAAAUAUGAAAGAUGCAAAGGGAUGCAAAUGUCCAUUUGGUUGGAUUUGUGUGAGACAGGAUUGUGACUAAUACAACAUUGAAGACUCACCUGAUCAUAGGGGCUGCUCUCUUGUUAGACAGAAGCAUCUGGUGGUGACUUAACCUGAGGGUCCCAGAGCUCAGAAAGUCCUGAAGAGCAAUGAGUUCUCCCUCACUGUGGAUCCUGCUUGUUGAGUGUAUUUUUGUACAUACAGCUUUCUUAGAAGAAAACACUGAUCCAUUUGAUGCCUGUCAGAAAUGCAACCCUGACAACUUCUGCAACUAUUCAUCGAUGAAGCUACAGAAAGUUCCAUGUGUAUUGGAAAAUGUACUGGAGUUUGAUCUGUCUCACAACAAAAUCUCACAGAUUAUGGACACCGAUUUCAUAAUAUAUGUGAAACUCAAAAGACUUGUAUUGCAAUCAAAUCGAAUCCGGUCUAUUACUGAGCAGGCAUUUCAGUGUAACACAGAUCUGGAGUACCUUGACUUGUCGAAUAACCUUCUGACACACCUGUCACCGCAUUGGUUUAAACAUCUUUCCAAAUUACAAUACCUUAACAUUUUAGGAAAUAAUUACACAGAUUUGGGAUCAGGAAGAAUUUUCUCAAAUCUGUUAAAACUCAGAUGGCUAGAAUUUGGCAAUCCUUCUCUCUCUCUUCUAAAGGAAGAUGACUUUGUAGGAGUUACACAUCUGGAUGAGUUUAUUGUAACAGCAGAUAAAUUACUGAUGUAUGAGAAUGGGAGCUUCAGUUCAUUCAGAAGUAUAAGUCAUGCUAGCUUAAGGCUGCCUUAUACAAUCCUGAAUGAACCAAGUCAAGCUCAGCAGAUGUUUGUCGAUUUAUCAGGAUCCACUACCCACAUGGAGCUAAGAAACUUAGUAUUUCCAGACAAAGCAGACAAGCAGCCAUUUUUAUCAAUACACAAUUCGUCUCUGAGAAAAUUCACUCUCAGAAAUACUUUUCUGACUGAAAAUGCUGUGAUUAAUUUUAUAAAUUCAAUGGCGAGCACAAAAUUAUCUGAACUAGUAGUGCUAGACAGUAAACUUUCAGGAGUCGGGAAAUGGGAGAGAAUAGACAAUAUAAAAAAUAAUUCUCUAAAUACAGUAAUAUUAAGUAAUAUAUCCAUUAGACACUUCUAUUUAUUCCAUGACCUUUCAAAUAUUAGUGGUCUAUUUAAAUUUGUUAAAAAUGCUACAUUUACAAAACUAACAAUGUUCCUGAUGCCUUGCACUGUAUCCAAACAGUUAAAUAAUAUGGAGUACCUUGAUUUAACAGACAAUUUGUUAAAUGAUAGGAGUUUAAAAGAAACUCUCUGUUCAGGAGCUUGGCCUUCACUGCGUUAUCUUAUUCUGAGAAAAAAUCAUUUCAGGUCCUUGGAUAGAACAAGCCCAAAAUUCACUAAACUUUCUAAACUUAUCUAUUUAGAUUUGAGCCAGAAUAGAUUCAGUGACAUAAAGACUUCAUGCAAAUGGUCUGAAAAGCUACAAUUUCUAAACCUUUCGAGCUGUGAUAUCAAAAGUGUAAAAGAAUGUGUCCCUCCAAAUAUUGAAGUGUUGGAUUUAAGUAACAAUAUUAUCAGCAGUUUUGCUGUUCAUCUGCCUUCUCUCAAAGAAUUAAAUUUGUCCAAUAAUAAAUUGAAAGGUUUACCAGGUGAUGGCUACUUACCAAAGAUGGAAAUUCUGAAGAUCAGCAGGAAUAAGCUCACUUCUCUGACAGCUGAAGCAAUCAAGACAUUUCAGAAACUUAAAUUUUUAGAAGCUGGAAAGAAUAAUUACAUUUGUUCAUGUGAAUUCCUGUUCUAUAUGAAUAACGCCAUAACAGUGCAACUGUUGGACCGAGCAGAAAAUUACAUUUGUGAUUCACCUUUAAUUCUCAGGGGAAAGGUGGUACAAAACACUAAGCGCUCUUUUUUUGAUUGUCACAAAACAUUGUCCCUAGCCUUACUGUGUGUUGGCACAAUUUCAGCAGUAACCAUUGCAGUGGUGAUGUGCUACAAAUAUCACGUGUUCUGGUAUAUCCAAAUGACAUGGGCCUGGCUAAAGGCAAAGAGGAAACCAAAGAAAGUGAGGAAGAAUAUCAUUUGUUAUGAUGCAUUUGUCUCUUAUAGUGAGAUGGACUCAGAAUGGGUGGAGAACUUACUGGUAAGAGAGUUAGAAAGUGCUCAUCCACCACUGACACUCUGCCUUCAUAAGCGUGAUUUCAUCCCAGGCAAGUGGAUAAUGGAUAAUAUUAUUGAGUCCAUUGAGAAAAGCAGGAAAACCCUCUUUGUAUUGUCUCAACACUUUGUCCAAAGUGAGUGGUGCAAGUAUGAGCUUGACUAUACUCAUUUCCGUCUAUUUGAUGAAAACGAUGAUACAGCCAUCCUUGUUCUGUUAGAGAUGAUUCCAAAGGAAACCAUUCCUCAAAGAUUCUGCAAGCUAAGGAAACUGAUGAAUACAAAAACCUACUUGGAAUGGCCUCAGGAUGAAGUGGAACAGCAAAUCUUCUGGUUUAAUUUAAGAACCGCAUUACGAGGAGAUAACAUUACAAGUUUGUAAGUAUUUUCAGUAUUUUGUUCCAUUAAAAUAAACCCAGUUGUGAAACGACAUUGGCUGAACCAUCACCACAGUGAUUAUAUGGCUUUGACUAACCAUCAAGAAAGUAAUGACCUGAUCAUUUUAACAAACCACUUUGAAAAGAAUUGCCUUGGAAUUGAAAUGUAUGGCUACAUUCACUCCAAAGAAUUUCUGCACCACAGCUUAUAAAAUAAUUAUACAUACAAAUAUUCAGAACUUUGACUUGCAAAGAUCAGAAAUUUAUUUGGCUGAUUGAACGUAUGUGCGUUCCACAAUCUAUCACAGUCUCAAAAACAACUCAUUAAAUCUGCUGCUUGGACGUUUUGUCUGAGCAAUUCUUAGUUCUCAAUGUAAUCAAGAGAAACUCUGGAAAACCUCUCCAUUCCCUGGACACUUCUAUCCAAUCGUAACCAGACUUGCUGCUUCGAUUUUGAUCCUUGCAGACCAGAAUCAUUGCAUUUGCUACACCUACAAUUACCAACAACAACACUGGCAAGAACAUAUCAGCCGCUUCCUUCAAGAGGGCUGUGAUCUGGAAAAAAACGUGGUAAACAUUAAAAGAUAAAGAUACAAAGCAUGGCUUCAACUGAAUGGAGGAGAUAUAAUCCAAAACUACUAAAACACCUGAAGAGUAAUUCAAAAUGCUGUAGGAAUGGAAUUAGUGAGAAGCCCAGCGCAUGUUGUGGUGGACAUUAUAAUUUAAAAAUGAUUUUUUUUGAUACUUUGAUAUUUAACAAUAAAUAGUGUUUUUCCUUCUAAAAGUAAAAAAACAAAAUGAUGAUUUUGAUUUCAAUCAAAUCACUGAUUAUGAAAUCACUUCAACAGUCACUCUCCAAUAUUGAAAUCUCAUGUCCUGAUUAUUAAAGAAAAUCUGUCCCUUCCAGACUCAUAUAGAGGCUUUAACAUAACCUCUCCAUAUUUAUUUACCUCCCCCUUCAAUGCCACUGACUUUCCCUUUGUUCUGAUUGCAUUAUGCUCCUUUUGUUCUAUCUCCCUUCAUACUAUUAUUUGCAUUCUUACCAAAUACCACUCAUUCUGCCUCCUCUUUCACUUCCAUUUUGCUCUCCAUGCUGAUCCAUUUUCCAUUGUCAUGCAUUCUUGUCUUGUACCCCUUUCUUUGCCCUCCACUCAAAUUCUCCUCCCCCGUGUUCUCUGAAUGCAUUCUCACUUUUCCCGGUCUCUACCAAACCAUAAUGGCCAUUACAAUGCAUUGUCCUUCAUUUUAAUGUUUAAUUUGUCCCAGUUGCUGUGAAAGUCGAGUUUUUUUCUGAGGCAAUCAAGAUGAUUAGCACUUGAAAAAAUGUGGCAAGGAGUCAUGGAAGGUUAUGUUAGUAAACUUAACAUGUGUUUAUAUAGUGAACUUAAUAGGUAAAAUAUCAGACAACAUUUAAGUUACUUCAAAGAAAACAUUGAGACCCAGCCACAGGAGGUAUUGGGACAAAUUGCUCAAAGAGUUAAUAUUUUACAGAAUAUCCUAAAGAGGUACAGAGCUGAAGAGAUUUACAGAGGGAAUUCAAGAACUCAGUAUAGUUCCCAAAGGUGGAGCAAAGAUAAUUGGAGAGGUGCAGAAGGUCGGAAUUAAGGAUUUUAAAGGGUUGCAUUUCCAGAAACGUUUACAGGGCUCUGGUUGAGUGAAGCUGUGGACAACUUGAAAACAUGGAAGACAAUUUUAGAGAAAAAUAUUUAAAAGAUUUUUAAAUAAAAAUCUUUGUAACAAGAGACUUAAAAAGGAUAAGAGAAAAUAAGCCAAGGAAAGGACAUUAAAGGACAGCAAUAAGUUGAACAGAUUCAGCAGUAAGUGAAGAAUAUUUAGGGCAGACCUAGACAGUAAUUACAAGAUGAUCCAGGUUAUCAGGAAGGGUACUGAGGCUAGAUAUUAGAGUUCUUUAAUUAACAUAGGACAUGGGGAAAUAUAUGAUUUCCCCAUGUCCUAUGUUAAUUAAAGAACUCCUAUGUUGGAGGAUGGUCACCCGAAGGUCCGUAGCAAAGGCUACGACAAC